AUGCCCCCCUCUGGGCCUGCGACAGGCGCAGGCGGAGGCGGAGGAGGCGGGGGGAGUGGCGGAAGCGCGGGUGUUGACGGAAAGGAGACGCCAGGUGUGUUAGUGAUUGAGCUUGGUAGCAAGGGGGGUGAGGGGAGUGAGGAGGGGAAAGAGGCCAGCAGUGCAGAUCAGGAUUCUACAUUUACCUUCCCUCAGCUAGGAGGGGCGAUUGGUGAUCCGGGUAUGGAAGGUGCUGCUAACGGAGGUGAUAAUAACGAGGAGGAGGAGUACACUGCGGAUUUGGACAGUAGUGAGGAUGACUGUGACGAGGAUGAUGGGGAUAUCGUGGAGUGUAAGGCUGCGCCAGGAGCAUCUGUUACAGGGCGAAUGCCGCUCAAUGUAUCUGUUAACGAGGACGACGAUAAGGAGGAUGAGGACGACUGUGUGGUUCUAGCCUCGCCUCUCCUGUCCGCCCAGCACCAGCAGCCGCAGCCGCAGCUGCAGCCGCAGCAGCAGCAGCAGCAGCAGUAG